UGGGCCGGGCGGGAACCGAGGCGCCGUGGCCAAGGAGGCUGAGGGGAGCCGCGCGGCGGCCGACAUGUUCCAGGGUCCAGAGAGUGAGGCCGGCCGGGCAGGCUCCAGGGCCAUGAAGCCCCCGGGAGGAGAAUCCAGCAAUCUUUUCGGAAGUGCGGAAGAAGCCGUUCCUUCGAGCAGACCUAACAGGAUGGCGUCUAAUAUUUUUGGACCAACUGAAGAACCUCAGCAGCUGCCCAAGAGGACCAACCCCCCAGGGGGCAAAGGAAGUGGGAUCUUCGAGGAGCCGUCCCCUGUGCAGACUCGGCAGCGCCUGAACCCGCCUGGUGGGAAGACCAGUGACAUCUUUGGGUCUCCGGUCACUGCCACUUCGCCCUCGGCACACCCAAACAAACCCAAGGACCACAUCCUCCUACGAGAAGGAGAAGACCCGAGCCUGGACCCGAGAGCUGCAGCAGGAGCCCCAUCCAGGGACGCACCGCUGGAGGAGAAAGGCUGCUCCCGAGAAGCUAACCAUGCCAAGGAGCCCGAGCCCGCACCCAAGGUCGACAGCCACGAGCCCAGGCUGGGGCCACGGCCUCGCUCACACAACAAGGUCCUGAACCCGCCAGGAGGCAAAUCCAGCAUCUCCUUCUACUAGGAGAAGCCCCUGCUCCCUGCAGCGAGACGGGCAGCUCCAGAGCUAGGGUAUCACACGCGGUCACUUCUUGUAGCCCAGAUGAGCGGGGUGGGGUGCGGGUCUGUCGUGGACGUGAGGCUGGCUGCUCAGGGCUCGCUGCCCAGGGCCCUGCAGAGCCCUGAGCCUUCGCGGCCCCAGUCCUGUCCGGGGGCAGUGCAGCUGGCUGCGGCUGGCUUCCUGAUGGGACUUCAGGGCGUGACAGGACGGCCUGGCCAGCUCCUGGGGUGAGACGCCCACUGUAGAGCCUGCUGCCCCGUUCCUGCUAGCCAGGCGUUCCCACUCCGGAGACGCCCGUGCUGGGUCCUGCGUCCCCCCCUCAUCCCACGCCACACGCUGUCCCGCAGCUGCUCUUGAGACAUCUUGAUUGGUUUUCCUCGGCAGCUUCCAACGAAGACCAGACACGGGCCUCUGUCUACGUCUCGUAGAGGUCCUUGCUCCCGCAUCCUCUGAGGCGCCAGCCACUGCCCUGAGCGCGGCCAGCCUCCCCGUGGGGCUGGACGUGGGCCCUGCCCUGAGUUGUUCUGUUUUCCUCUCGUCAGCCCUAGGUCUAGGCCUUUGUUCUUCACCAGGGACGUGAACUGCUCCCUCACAAGCCAGGGCGCUUCCUCGCUGCCACCGACAGCUCCCUGAGCGUCUCCUGCAGCUGGGUGGUGGGAAGGAGGGGCUCUCGGACCUGGGCUCUCGGGUUGGCUCCCUCGCUGUCUGAGAGGUGUCUUAGAGUGAGGCCACACCUGGUGACCGCCGGCCCCGGCCUGUGUCCAACACCUCUCAGAGAGUCGGUCGCUCAGGUUCCCCAGAGGAGGAGGAGCCACGCAGGCAGCCCCUUGUGGAUCUGUGCGGGACACCGAGGUGCCGGGCCGGCCUGAGUCCCUCCCAGUCGCCCCAGAGGGCUGGGCGGUGUCGCCAGUGCCCUUUGUUCCUGCACAGCUAACACCAGGCCUAGAAAACUAAAUCAUGAUUAGGCUUCGGAAAAGCGGGGCGUGCUCAGCCACACUCCUUCACCCUGGCUGCUGAAGUGCCUGAGCCCAGGUCCCACUUCCUGUUCCUGGCACACCAAGGGCCUGCACAGGCGCUGUCAACCAAAGACCAUUUUCCUCCUUUUGGUGCCCCAAGACGUUAGAGCCAAGACACCUUACCCUGCAGGCCGCUGGGUCUCUAAGAGCCUUGUGGGGGCGGGGAGGGCAAUUAAAUGGUGCUGAACUUGAAGCCCAAACACACUGGCUGGCUAGCUUACAGGAAAUAGUCCGAUGGUGGGGAUGAAGCAUUGUUUGUAACAAAUUCCAAAUGGGAUGCCUGUGACGGCCCCCGGCCCCGCUCUCGGGCAGGGUGUGGGAUUUGGCUGGAAGCUGAGGGUUGGGGGGUGGGGGGGGACCUAGGAGCCGGAGCUGUGGGAAGCUGUGUGUCAGCUGGCACUGCCUGCACCUGGAGGUUGACUAACUUAGCGUCCUCUGCUCGGCGUGUGGGCUGCGUUACGCUAGGCUGUGGUCUUGUUAAGCCUUAAAACUUUGUAAGUGCAUUUGGUGCCAACAUUUUUUAGAGCUGAAUCAAAACAACAAAAAACCUGUACUUAACAUCGCAGUGUAAUUUUGAUAGAACACUUUGUUAUUUUUACAAAGCAGAAUUGGGUGUAGCCGUGGGAUUAAACUUAGCAGUCACGUGCGUGGUGUGCCUGUGUUCUGUGU